ACAGACAUUGGAAAGAAAGAAAUAUCCACAGCUUCUGCUCCAAACCUAUUCAUUACAAAAAGACGCGCCGAUUGCCUCUCUCCUCUCUCCUCUCUCCUCUCUCCUCUCUCCUCUCUUGUGCUUCCCAAUAAAGACCACUCCUGCUUUUACUAUUUUGCCCUUCCCCUCUUCUUCUUCUUCUUCCUCUUUCACAGUACUUGUCGCUCUCUUCCCAUUUCUCUUAUUCCUUGCUUCAGUUUUCACUGCUAUAAUGGCGAGGUCGUCGACCCCCACGUCGACGUCGCUUUCCCCCAUUAAACCCAAGGAUUAUGCUCAUAGUCCUGUCCACUACGCCGUCGUUCUUGCUGAUCAUUCUGCUCUUUCCCGUAUCGUUUCUACUCUUCCUCGUCUUGCCGAUCCUGCUUUAAUUCAUACUGAGGUCGAUUCCCUCGCUCAGGAGCGGAUCGCCGACAAGAUCUCUGCCGUUCUAGACCGUCGUGAUGUGCCUUAUCGGGAAACUCCGCUUCAUCUCGCUGUUAGGCUUAAGGAUGCUUUUGCUGCGCGCACUCUUUCCUCUGCUGGUGCUGAUAUUUCUCUCCAGAAUUCCGCUGGAUGGAACCCUCUGCAGGAGGCUAUGUGCCGCCGGAGUUCGGACAUUGCGCUCAUUCUCCUCCAGGUCCAUCACCUUGCCGCUUGGUCCAAGUGGCGCCGACGACUGCCACGCGUUAUUGCUGUUCUUCGUCGAAUGCGUGAUUUCUAUAUGGAAAUUUCGUUUCAUUUUGAGAGCUCUGUAAUUCCGUUUGUUGGGAAAAUUGCUCCGUCGGAUACCUACAGAAUUUGGAAGCGCGAUGGUAAUCUCAGAGCCGAUACGUCGUUGGCUGGAUUUGAUGGUUUGAAGAUCCAACGCGCGGAUCAGAGUUUUCUCUUUCUCGGCGAUGGGGAUCAAAGCCACGACAUUCCCUCUGGCUCCCUGCUUGUGAUCAACCGCGACGAUCGCAAAAUUUUCGACGCGUUCGAGAACGCGGGGGCACCGAUGAGCGAGUCCGACAUUGCCGGAUUCUGCUCUCAGACAAGUGUUUACCGGCCGGGAAUGGAUGUUACCAAAGCAGAACUCGUCGGAAGAACAAACUGGAGAAGACAGGAAAAAACCGAAAGCGUCGGAGAAUGGAAAGCCAAAGUUUACGAAGUACAUAACGUAGUGUUCAGCUUCCGAUCGAGAAAAGUGGCCGGCAGCGAAGGUGAUGUGGCAGGUAGCGAGCAGGUCCUCCCGCUGGAACUCGACGAAGACGACGACGGAUUCCUAGUAGCUGAAAACCCUAGUUUCGGGCUUCCGGACCGGCAUAGUACCGACCGGCGAAGACACAGUAGCUUUGUUCGGGAAGAGAGGGAAUGGGUGAUGAUGCCGAGGAAAAGCGUGGAUAUACCGUCGGCGACAGCAGCGCCGCCUCGGAAGGCCGUGAGGCCGAAUUUUACGGCGGCUCCAAUUGAGGCGCCGCAGACGAGGGAAAAAGAGUACGUGAGGAGCUUACGGCCAUCGGUUUGGUUGACGGAGCAAUUUCCGUUAAAGACGGAAGAGCUUCUUCCUUUACUCGACAUUUUGGCUAACAAAGUGAAGGCGGUGAGAAGGAUGAGAGAGCUGCUGACUACCAAGUUCCCGGCGGGAACUUUUCCGGUCAAGGUGGCUAUUCCGGUGGUACCCACCGUAAGAGUGGUGAUAACUUUCACCAAAUUUGUGGAGCUUCCACCGGCGGAGCAAUUCUACACGCCGUUAUCAAGCCCAAGACAAUUAGCCAACGGCGGGAGAGACGACCCAUCUGAAUCGCGCUGUUCUUCCUCAUCUUCCACUUCAUCGUCGUCGACGUGGCUGAGGCGAAGCAGCAGCCACUCGGCUGCCGGGUCGACGGGCAAGCAAAACCAACGUUGUUCGUGGUCGGCGGCUCAAGACGAAAUAGACCCAUUUGCCAUUCCAAGUGGUUAUACGUGGGCGAAGUCAGAAGACAAAUCAAGCAAAAUGAAAAGGUCAAAAUCCACAAGGAAAUCGAAAUAAUUUGUGGUGCUGGAGGGAAUUAAUUUAAUUAGUUUCAUGUUUUUGCUCGUGGUUUGCAUUUACAGAUACGAUGUAGAUAACCGUCUAAUUAUAACUCACUUGUCCUUUCAGAAUGUUGGCGGUCUAUAUAUAUAUUUUGAUUCCAGUCAACAAUUUUAGUCAACUUGAAAGAAAUUGUUGCUGACAGUUUUGUUUA